AUGGAGCGCGUAACUUGGAGCGUUGUCAAUCAAAAUCAAGGUGCUUUUUUUUCUUUAAUUUACAUGCUAUUAACUUUUUUCGAUUGUUUUUUGAAGUACUUUUUGUUUCUAUGCACGUAAAUUUUUAAUUAAUGUUUUUAAACGUAUUAGAAAGUUUUUAAAGUGUCCAUAGCUCGUUAAUGUGUCGAAACGUUGUUUAUAAAAGAAAAUACUGUAUCCAAGAGACAAAACCGAAAAUCGAAAUUCCAACUCCAAGAAUCGAUCAAAAUAUCAGUUUCCAACUAAUAACCAAGAAAAAAAAAGCUGUCAGUGUCCGCGCAAAAGAGAAAAAUUUCGACUUGACGAAAAAAAUCCAAAAAGGUUUAAUUGGUCUGUACCUAAGAGGCAAAACCGAAAAUCGAAAUUUCAACUCCAGGAAUCGAUCACAUUAUCAGUUUUCAAUUACUUAAACAGGAAAAAAAAGAAUACAAAAUCAAACCUGAGUUAAAAAUUUCGACUUUCGUGAACAGAUCAAUUAUGUAGUCCUUUGAACUAAUCAAACCACAAGAAAAUAAACUGCGAAAUUUUAAGAGAGUUAUAGGAAAAUGACUAGCAACAUUUGGAAACUAUAAAUGUCAGGAAAAAAAAAUGCUAGCCUUCAAAACAAUCAAAAAAAUCCGGACUCUUAAUUACGACGCGGAAAAGACGAUUGUUAGCCACGCCCACUCAUGCAACGUCCGCAUGCUUUUCAGGAAAGGGGCGGGAACCCCGCUUUAGAACGCUGUGAAUGGCCUAUAAACGAAAAAAUCUUUUGAAGCUGAAAAGGGAAGCAGUGAUAUAGAUUGCUUAUUUAUUAUGAAUAAAAAGACUUUAAAUACUUGAGGAAUCCACCUAUCAUCUAACGUUCAAAGCUAAUUAAACACGCGUAGAUAGCGAAAAAGUUUUUCUCGUUCAAAAAGAUCGAGCCAAAACGAGGCGAACUCCCGAUCGAACGGCUCUGCCAUUUCGACAAAUUCCUAUAUAUCGCGUGUUCAUCAAACCCAACCGAAAUUGCUUCGAAACACAAAAAAAUUGCUCCAAAACAGAAAUUAGUACUGUUUUGGAGCAACUUUAGCCCGCCGAUGAACACGAUUUUUCGUUUUGAAGCAUGUUCCGUUUCUACGAAGAACACGCCACUAGUACCAUUCUUCUUUCAAAUUUGUUUUAUCGCCGAAUAAGAAAGAAAAAUUUUCGAAUCAGCUUUGAACACAACAUGAUCUAAAAAUCGAAAAAUUAUCUAUUUUUUUAAAAUGAACUGUGAAAUCAUUGGAAGCGUUUUUUUCUCGCUCAAAAUUUCCUCUUGUGGCGUUUAGUUUGUAAAGAAGAAGUUUUAGAAAUGUGAGGCGAAAACAACACUCACCGAUGGAAAAAUGAAAAUUAUUAUAUCCAAUUUGAUGUUGUCGGUAUCUCGUUUCCGCUGCUGUGUACACUAUAUAUAUCAGGAUCAUAGUACACUUUGAAGCUAUGCUGCUGGGUGCACUUUUUAUCUUGUUUUUGAAAAUAAGUUGGUGCACUCACGCUUUACGUACGAAACUCUUGCGAAUCUUUUUUCAAAAUUUUCAAAUUUCAGAGGUAAUGCACUGGAAAGCUACCACAUUGUUGAUAUGCAUGUACGGGAUCGUGAAAGAACUACGCCCAGCCACGCCAUUCCUUACACCUUACUUGGUAACAGAAAAGAAGUUGACUCCUGAAGUUGUCUAUUCUCAAGUAUAUCCAUUUUGGACAUAUUCCUACAUGAUUGCCUUGGUACAUUUUUUAUUUACAUAAAUCUAAUGAAAGCUCACUUCUAGAUUCCUAUUUUCUUCCUAACAGAUAUACUCCGAUACAAACCGAUCAUAAUACUUGAAGCGUUCUCUCUAGCCAUGACAUGGGCACUUCUCGUGUGGGGCAAAGGCGUAUUUCAAAUGCAACUUAUGCAAAUUUUGUUCGGUAUUCUCAAUAUGCUCAUAUCAUGAUGAAAAAUUGGAAAAAAAAGGGAUCUCCUCGGCUUCCGAAAUCGCAUAUUACUGCUAUAUGUACGCAGUAGUGGAGGAGAAAAACUAUCAUAAGGUUUAUUUCACAGCAUGUAUUUUUUAAAAAGAAUUUUAACCUUAGGUGACCUCCUACAUUCGAUCAGCAGCACUACUUGGCAAGUUGUUCGCAUUCGCUACAGGACAAAUCCUCAUCUCGACUCAGAUUGGCUCAUAUCUUCUCUUGAAUCAAGUUUGAUCUGUGAUCAGUUAAAAAAAUUGACCUUGUUAAGAUAUCUUUCGCAGCGGUCAGUACAGUCACAGUAAUAGCCAUAUUUCUUCCGCGUGUAGAAUCCAGAAGAACAGAGCGGCAGACACAUGUAGCCAUGAUGCUUCUGAACUCCCAAGAGCCAGAAAACGCAGAGCAACCUUCGUAAUAUAUCCGGUCCUUCCUAAUAAAUCUAGAGUUUAGGCGCGCUCAAAUCGAACGGAGCAAAAUGGACAGCGGUCUUCGGAAUUAUAUGAUGAAUACGCUUCUACAAGUCAAAACCUACUCCCGUAGUUCUCAAGUGCUAAAAUGGUCGGUUUGGUGGGCUUUGGCCAGUUGUGGAAUGUAUCAAGUUUACAACUACAUGCAGCCGUUGUGGCUGGAAAUGCAGCCGGAUGCUGGCAAAGUCGAAAACGGCAUCGUCGAGUUUUGCAACACUUUCAUCGGUUCGAAAUUUGACAUUUUUAAAAGCUUUGAUUCAAAUAACACUCAAUUUUUUAGGUGUAUUGCUUUCAUUCGCUGCUCAAUAUUUCGGAAAUUUUUGGAAACACGGAGAAGAGAAGAUUUUAUCUCUUUCUUCGUUCGCGAUAUCGGCUAUUUUGCUCUAUGUUGCUUCUACAAACUACAUAAUCGGCGCCUAUGUAGGAUAUAUAGCAAUCACUUCGAUUUAUCAUCUUCUCAUAACUUUAGCAAGGUAGUUUGACGAUGAAUUCUGAAGAAAUCGCACAAUUUAAGUUUUCACAUAUCGACCCAGCUAUCAGCACUCAAUCACGGCUUGAUCUUCGGCAUAAACACUUUCGCCGCAGUCUUUUUACAGUCGAUUCUUACUUUCGUCGUAGUAAACCACUACAUUUUUCAAUUCAAUAUCCGGCAACAGGUAAAUUUGGCAAACUUAUUCAACUAGAGAUAAGCUAGCUUUUAGUUUUUGAUUUAUUCGGGUUAUUUUGCAACGGUUGGCUUCAUUUUUCUCAUCUUCGCCGCGUGCUCAUACGUCAUUGUUAAACGGCUUAAUCAUCGCACAACAGUUGUUGCUUCAGAAUAA